AUGAUCUCAAUUCGGUCCGGGUUCUUUCGACCGAGGGCUGUCAAACGGACAAUAGCAGCGGUUAUUGCCGUCACUUUCUCAUUAUGCAUGCUAAUCAGUCAACGUCAGCAAAACCUUGAGAUCAAUCGGAUGAUCUACAAUCUCAAACAACUUAGUGUGUUUGACAGUAAAUGGGAUCCUGCGCAGCACAUUUUUGUGUCAUCCGCUUUUGAUAUUGGAGGGAUUGAAAGGUAAUCUUUUCGAGAAUAAGUUGUGGCUGGUUUAGGAAAAAUAUCUAAAAUUUCAAGAAAUUUCGAAGCACCACUAUUGAGCUACCUCCACUGCAAAUUUGACCAAAAAUUUGACAAGACUAAAAAGUUUAUUCUAUCUUGAAAAAUUAUAUUUUACCCUCGAUUUUCAGUGACAAUACGACAAACACCAUUAGACUGCUAGCUACAACUCAUGACCGAGGAAAUGACAUUGUAAGUCGUCCGCCUCCAAUCUUCUGCCGCAAUGAGUUUGGUGACAUUGUAGUGGGUGAAUGGCAGUUUAUGAAUGGCCCAAGACCGUGUAUUUGGAAGGAUUAUUUCUUGGAUUGUCACUUCAAACGACCGUCGGAGCGGCUCGAACUUGUUGGCGAUGGCGCUGAGAUUUUGAAGGUAGACUUUUGAAUUUUGAAAAUAGAAUUGUAAGGGCUCUUGAUCUUUUAAACGUUGCCUAGAUUUUUUUGCUUACAAUUGGUUAUACAUAUGUAUCAAUUUCGUAAAAUUUUAGCUGUCGCUUUAAUGGUACUAUAAGAUAAUUUUCUUUUAGGUUCCAAUAACACCAGCAGUCAAGAAGAAGGUCCCCCUGGUGUUCUGUGUUGCUCGAAUGUUCUACUACGAGAACUGGCAGAUCGCUCUGACUUCGCUUGAAUUGUACCUUCACCAUGGCAUGGAUUUGUUCGUCAUCCCCAUCAUAAGCGUAAUUGAGCAACUCCACAUAAUUUUGAAGCAUUAUGAGACGCUUGGUUAUGUUCGACUGAAGAAAGGAAUAGUUCUGCCAAGAGUUGUAAGCCACUGUUAAGCAUAUAUUGUUACAAAAAAUAUCUUUUUUAGCAAAUAACUCGUAUAUUUUAUUGAUGCAUUAGAUGCUUCUACAGUAUUUUUCAGCCCGAAUUUCUCUACGAUCCAAACGCCAAAACGGAUUCUCUGAAUAUGAUGCCAAGCCAGACGGAAUGCCUGUACGAGUACAGAGAAGCGGCCGAUUUCAUCAUUUUUGGCGAUAUUGAUGACGUCAUCAUUCCGCGUAGAUUCGAGAAUUUGUUGCAGGAAGUUCAAUUUUACCACCAGAAAUUCCCAAAUGCCCCGUCCUUCGAAUUCAUGUGGGCCACAACACAGCUGAAAUUGCGUAAGUUGCAGAGAUUUUCGCUGAAAUGUUUAUUCCUCAAAAUUUUUCAGACAAGAACCCACAACAUUACAACGUUCGCGAUAUUGUCUCCAACCUUCACGUGACGACCAUUGCGGAUUACGGCAAGUCGAUUGUAAUCCCAAAACGACUCCGACAAGGGCUGAUCCACUUCCCCAUCUUUGACCAUGAUUACGCAGGCAAUUAUACGCAUGUCAAGUUGGGUUAUCAAGAUGCGUAUGCGGUCCAUUUGAGAGAAUCUAUGUACGAAAAUAAUUGGAGUCAGAUGGGACGAUAUAAUUUGUAUAUGAAUCUGUCACAAUACGAUUCAAUUCAGGUGGACUUUAUGGAAAAAUUGAGCAAGAAUCCGGUUGUUUUGGAUGUAAGUUUACAGGGUGCGGCAAUUUUUCGGCCGGAUUUUAAUUGGCCAUAACUUUUUUAGUUUUUGGGCAAAUGUUAAAAUUCUUUUUUUCCCUGAAUUCAUAGACAACCCCAUUUUGUUUAAUACCAAAUAUGUUAUACCCGUUCAUUAGACUACAGUAAAAAUUCGAGACAAAGAAAAAGCUCUAAUUUUUAUAGCUGACAAUGGAAUUACCCCUAGUGCGACUCUCAGAUUUUCUUUAAAUUUUGCACAUGGGCCGCACAUAGGCCACACAUCAAUUCCUGAAAGUUUCAGCCCGCACCUUUCAGGGGCGACCAAGAUAUUCAACGAUUCUUUGCGGUCAGGAGGGCACAUGAGUGGAUCACACAGAAAAACUUUUUCGCUAUAUCUUCGCUAGUUUUGUGCGGAGAUAGCUGAUUUUUUGUGGAAACGGUAUUCUCCAUGGCAUGAACAGGCAUGAAACUUUUUACGACAAAAUUCGUAAAAAAAGUCAUUUUUUCUGGCGAUUUUCACACACGCCAAAAAAGCAGAGAAAACGACCGAAAGGCCAAUAACUAUGAACUAGGUCCCUGUAUAUAUAACAUAUUUGGUAUUAAACAAAAUGGGGUUGUCUGAGGAUUCAGGGAAAAAAAGAAUUUUAACAUUCGGAUAAAAACUAAAAAAGUUAUAGCCAAUUCAAAUCCGGCCGAAAAAUUGCCGCACCCUGUAAUAAACAAGGCAAUUGUAGCGGCUGUUUCUGUAAAAAAAAUAUUUUUUACAAACUUUUCAGCCUUUAAUACUGCCUUUUCCGAAAUUUUCAAAUUCUCACUUUCAGGCCUUUAUGCGCUUACCCACCUCCAAGCCAUACGCCGCCGCACUUUACGAGUGCUACAGGGUGACAAAGCUCCGCCGGAAGCUCUCCGAAGAUCUGUGUAUGUCACCAUUGGAGUGCAAGGAACUUAGGACGCAGAAGGGCCCUCAGUGUACGGUCCUGGUGUCCGACUUUAAGACCGUCGACAACGGACUGGGAAUUAUUUUGACAACAACACGAAGCAGCACUUUGGUGGCUAGAUCAAGAUGCCAUAUCCAAAAGGCGUAA